AUGGCACCAACAGAACGAUCUAUCCUAUUCCACUACCCCCAGUCCAUCUACUCUCACCGUGUACUAUGGUAUCUCUGGCUUCGUGGCGUCGAGUAUGAUGAGUGUAUACAACCACCAGUCAUGCCGCGACCAGAUCUGGCAUCGAUUGAUGUAAAAUACAGGCGCAUACCCAUAAUGGCGAUAGGGAAGGAUAUAUACAUCGACUCUCGUCUCAUCAUCUCCAAGCUUGAAUCUCUGUAUCCCGACAGCACCUUGGCAGCAACAACAGCCGAGCAGGCUGGAUGUAGGAAGCUCCUUGAGACCUACAGCGAUAGCAGCCUCUUCAAUAAUGCCGUCAAACUCAUGCCAUACUGGUCAUCCAAUAGCUUAGUGCAGAACAAGACGUUCCUCGACGACAGGCAGAAGUUGAUGGGUGGGAGGCGCAUGACCGCUGAGAACAUGCAAGCCGGCCGGCCUGAGGGCCUGCAGAAUAUGCGGCAGGCAUUUGAGUUGAUGGAGAACACCUUCCUGGCAGACGGUAGGCAAUGGAUCCUAGGCACCGAAGGACCAACUGUUGCAGACAUUGACGCCGUGUGGCCUUUCGAGUGGCUGGCUGUGGAUCGAGGCAUGAAAGGAGCGUUGCCUGAAGAACAAUUUGGCGAGAAGAGCUACCCGAAAACGCAUACAUGGAUUCGACGAUUCAUGAGCGAGAUUCAGAUCGCGAGAGGAAAGGCCGCAAAACCCACCGCACUUGACGGUAAGACAAUGAACACACGCAUCUUGGACACCACCUCACCUACGGAGCCUCUAAUAUUCGACCACAACGAUCCCCUCGGCUUCCAGGCCGGUGACACAGUCGAAAUCUGCCCUUCAGACUACGGCCAAGCGCACAAAGACCGCGGUAUCCUCGUCGGUCUCACAGUAUCUGAAGUCGUCAUCUGCAAUAGCAAAGGUCUGCACCUGCACUUCCCGCGCUGGAAUUUCCGCAUUACGAACGUCGCACCUACCUCAACCUCACCAUCACCCAGCAGCGCGAAGAAGAUCCCCAAGAUGCGACUCAUAUACCACCCUUUCUCGCCCUUCACCCGCAAAGUUUUUAUGCUAGCCCACGAAUUCGGUCUUGCGCAACACAUAACCCUGGAAAAGGUUGUCGUAGCGCCGAUCCCAAUCAAGGGCUGGAGCGAUAACAAUGAGGAUGUCGCGAAGUUCAAUCCAAUGGGUAAGAUACCUUGUCUGGUCACGGAAGACGUACCUACGGGCAUCUCCGACUCGCGGGUAAUUUGCGAGUAUCUCAGCGAGCUAGCGGGCGUGAAUGCAAAGGAGGAUCAGAGGUACUGGCAGUUGAGGGCCCUGCAUGCAUGUGCAGACGGGAUCAUGGAUGCGGCGGUGCUCAUAACGUACGAAGUGCGCAUCAGGAAAGAGCGCGGGUUAUACUUCAAGGAGUGGGUUGAGGGCCAGAAGACGAAGAUCUUGCGAGGACUGGACCGGUUUGAGGCUGCGGCAAGGGAAGGUGUACUGCCGGAACCUGGUAAUGGGCCAGCGUCGGUUGAUGAGGUUGCUGUGGCUGUUGCGACGGCUAUGACGGAGCACAUAGUUUUCCUAGGCCUUGAGUGGCGGAAGGGAAGACCGAAAUUGGAACAGUGGUUGAAGCAGUGGGAGAGGAGGGCGAGCUUCGUGAGCACGCCACCAACGAAAGAUUGGGUUGUCGAAGGUACUGCGGGGAGCGUUCCAAAGCUCUAGUGCCAAAUAGCUGUAAAAGUAUUGUAUUCAUCCAAAUAACUGGC